ACACUUUUCUAGCAAGUCUAGCCACAACUGUAUCGAAAGUCAAAUUCAACGCACACAAUUCGCUCACGAGAAAAACUUUGAAUUAAAAUUUAUGAAGUAAAUUAUUUGAUUUCCUAAAAUUUCCAUCGAAAGAGGUAAGCAGGAUGAACUCUGAUGAACUAAAUCGAGAGACUGCCCACGAGCAGAUGAUGGAGGAGACCAUCAAGAAAGAGUUGGAGAAAAAUGGAACCAUGGCGGCUAUUCGUAGUGAAAUGCACUUGAAGAUCCUUCAACUGCUAAGGGGUGAGCAGGACAUGCUCAAGCCUAAUCUCCUCACCGGCGAAGCCACUAAAUCAAACAAAACUCCCAGAGAUCAGAGCCUGAUCAAACUAAUUAACCAACUAAUUAUGGAAUUCUUUAAUUGGUUUGGCUACCGACACACCCUGGAAACGUUUCGCAUGGAGACCGGGGAUGAUGUUGCCAUUCGCAGUGAACUGGAGGAGAGGCUGUUUAUCAUACCCGACUCGAAGGACCUUCCUCUUCUGGCUCAGCUGGUGAUGCGCGAUUGGAAAUCGAGUCUGCCUCAGAAGGUUCAACGUCCAGUUUCACAAAACUCCAAACCCAAGGAGAAGGUUAAGGUUCUGCCAAGCCCAAUGGAUGUCAAAGUCAAGAAAUUGAUUCAAAACAACCAAAAGCUUAUUGCUAGUGAUCCCAUGCGAAAAGUCAUCACAAUCAAACAUUCGGAGUCAAAGCCAUCUCAACCUCGGCCGAUAACCAAGAAAGCGAAUCGAAAAGUAAGCAUGGAAAGCUCGGAGUCUGAUAUUCUCGAGACUGACUAUAGCGAGGAGUCUGAGGACAGCGAUGCCUAUGCGGAUAUCCCUGAUAGACAUGUCUUUGAGGAUGACUUACUGCCGGAGGGAAAGUACAUUUCUGGUCAGGGCGAGGAGGGGGAACUCUACGAUCCAAAAGGUUUUUUUCAGCAAUAUCAGGAGGGACUCCCCACCGUUAAUAUACCAAAUUCGUCCAAGAAACCAGUGACACCGAAGAAAAAGAAAUGUGAAAAAAUAGAAACAAAUGGUUUCAAGGGUUUCGAACUCGGGAACAAAUCCUCAGGCAGUGUCAAGCUGAAGAAGGCGAGCAAAACUAGACCUCCCACUUUGGCUGACGAACCCGAAACCCACAUUAGGGGCAUCGAAUUUGACUCUGAAGAAAGCUGCGACGAUGAUGCCAGCCUCUGAUAUCCUUCUUACUUCAUUUAAGCGAAGAUUUUAAGUAAAUUUGUAGUCCAUGUACAAACAAUUGGCUUUCAAAGCGAUCCUCCCAAGGGCAGCCAUUAUGAUGCCAGGCUUUCUUCCUCUUCCAAAUAAAGAACACAACUUCCUAACACACAA